GCAACCACUAAUCUUGUGCAUCGCAAAAAUAUUUAUUUACAAAUUAUUGUUUUUAUUUUGUUUUGCAAAUUGAAACAAUUCUUGGCUUUUGUUUAUUUUAUUUGCUUUAUUUUGUUUUUGUGAAAAAUUAUCAAAGUGAAUUAUGAAAACUUCCACAACGCAACAGAACGAAGAUACACCGAAGACGACACAAACCAAAUCUACAAAAAAAUCAACAAAAGCCAGAACAAAAUCAACCAAAUUAGAAAUCAACAGUAGUGGCGGUGGUAAUUCCAGUAAAAAUGCAACCGGCAAUUUGGCCAGUUCAACAGCAACGGCACAAUUAGUUACACAGCAGCAACAAAGCAAUCAAACAAAUCAAUUGAACUUAGUUACAACACCAACCACACCCACUUCGUCGUUAAUGGCUGGGGGUGGAAUGGGAGGAACAGGAAAUAUGUUUGAAUCGUCCAUGCAACAGCAUGGAAGCGGAGGAAUAUCAGGAGGUUCUGGUGGAAGGGAUGAAUUGAAUACCACUGCGAGAAGUAAUCACAAAAGUUAUGCUGGUUUGGAGCCUAGAUCUAUUAAAAUUAUAUGGGAACAACAUGACCAAAGUGAUGUUGAGUUGUCGGGAGAUGUAUGUGCUCGAGUGGCCGAAGAUGCUUCUUACAGGUUGUGGGAACUGAUUAAUAAUAUUAAAACCUAUGCUCGCCAUUCGGGAGGCAACAUAACAUACGAUUUGGUUAAUGAAGUUGUACGAGACUCAGAUAUUCCACCUUGCUUGGGGGCCAUGGAUAGUGAUUGGGAUCGUAUUGAAUAUGAUGGCAGCUACUUUUUCUAUUCCGACAAAAUCAUUGAGCUCAGAGAUGAAUACCAAAAGGAUGUAACUUUCAAUUUAGCACAAGGUGCCGACUUUAAAUGUUCAUGGCCCAUUGAAGAUAAACACAUGGAGAAUCUCAAGAAAUAUGUACCCGCUUUUAUAUACGUCGCUUUGAAUGCCUCAACGGAUGAUUUGGAUGUGGUUUUAACAGAAGCUGCUUGCAGUCCUUUAAUGGGCAACAGUUAUCGUUUGUUACUUACCAAAAUCAUACAAAUUAUAGCCUUUAAACAAAGUCCUGAUAUGUGUCAACGUUGCUGGCGUUUGCUUAGAGCCCUAUCCUCAAAUCCUCAGUGUCGAGAUGUUGAUUGUCGAGAAGAAUAUUUCCACUUGGCUGAAAUUCUCAUAUGUCAACUAUUGGCACCCUAUGAAAGCAUUAAAGUACAAGCAUCUGCUGCCUCGAAUAAUAAAACAGAAGAUUCAACUGCUGAAAAUACAAUUAAAGUUGAAAUGGAUAAUCUGGAUUCAGAGUUUCUGGAUCAUACUCAGUCGACCAUAGAAAACCUUGAAACAAAUAACACUAAUGCGGAGAAAAUAUAUAAGCUGCAACCAGAUAUGGAUGAAGAGGAAAUUAAUGGCUGCAGCACUACUGAUGCUAGCGCAGCUGGUAAUUAUCAAACUUCGCAGUAUUUUGCCUCCCCAGUUGAUGUAAAGCUAGUGGAUGAUUUAUGUGAAACAUUGGGACAUUUGGCUGCAAUUAAUGGCUAUUUCCAAAGUGAAUGUUUAUAUCAUGUGACACGGAGAUUGGAGAGAUUUUUUGAGGGACGUUUCAUAAGUACUGAAAGGGAUUACAAUUACAUAAGUCGUGCUGUACGCGGUCUCAUAGCCCUGGGAGAAUAUGCUUUUCGUGAAUUUAUACCAUUUUUGUACAAACUAAAAGCCGAUGAUAUACCCGAACCUCUCUGGAAUGAGUUUGCGCUUUCAGCGGUUUUCCUACAAGGUCGCGACGAUAUCUUCCUCUAUGAAUGGUUAGAUUUUGUAUGUGGAGGCGAUAAAUUGCAACCAUUUAUGAUUCACCAUGCUCAGUAUUAUGAGAAAUUAUUAAAUUAUCGUUAUGUCAGACGCAAGCCAGCCACAUUUAAGUUUAAUCCUAAGCUAGGUGUAAGACGCUUGGAAUGGAGCACCCUAGCGGCAGCCAUGUGUCAUGGUGAUGAUCCCAAUAAGGCUUUAAAGCCCAAACCAUGUAUAAAUGAAGUAUUUCCGGACCUGAAACCGAUUAAUAUGAAUUUAAAUCGUGCUGGCAAUAUACGUUUUAAAUUUGCCGGUUGUCGUCCGGUAAUAAUUAAAGCGAAAAAUAAAUUUGGUUUACAAACGGGAGAUAUUUGUCAUAGAAAUGAAAAGUUAAAUGGCAAUGGUCAAAAUGAUAUACUUAUAGCCAAGAGACGACUAUUUAAGCCGUUAACUAAUGAAAAAAGAAUGAUACCUUUAUGUAGCUAUUAUCAUUUAAAAAUAUGAUUAGUUUUUAAGAAAUAUAUAGUUUUAAAAUUAAAAAAAAA